AUGGCCUGGAAUUUUAAUGGAAAAAUACAACUAGGGGCACUGCUUCUCUCUCUCCUUGGAUGGAUCUGCUCUUGUGUUACCACAGCUGUUCCUCUGUGGAAGAAUCUCAGCUUGGAACUGAAUGAAAUGGAGAGCUGGAGCAUGGGGCUUUGGGGGGUCUGUGUGAUCCAGGAAGAAGGGGCUGUAGUAUGCAAGACUUUUGAGUCUUUCUUGGCUUUGCCCCAGGAGUUCCGAGCAUCCAGGAUCCUCAUGUUGGCCUCCAACGGGCUGGGCUUUUUGGGGUUUCUCUUCUCUAGCCUCGGUUCUGAUUGCUUCCAGCUCCAGGGGGUCAGCUGGGGAUUGAAGAAAUGGCUACGAUUCCUCGCAGGGGUGCUGGUGGAGGUGGCCGCAGCUUCAACUCUUUUCCCUGUUUCUUGGGUGGCCUAUAGCACCGUCCAGGAUUUCUGGGAUGAACACGUUCCUGAGAUUGUGCCCCGGUGGGAGUUUGGAGAAGCCCUCUUCCUGGGCUGGUUUGCUGGAGUUUUUCUAGCAGUUAGUGGAUUGCUCUUGAUCUGCUCGACCUGGCUGGAAAAUGAUGAACCACCUUUGCCUCCUAAUGGCUCUCUGGUAACCCUUCCAACAGGGGGUCCAUCUGAGAUGCCAGAGAGGUUCUUCCAUCCACCUCCAAGACACAGAGACCUGGUAAUCUAGGGCUGGAUCUU